GGAUUUUCCAACCACCACUGUUCGGAUUUUCUGGAGUUUUUGCUGGAAUCCCAGAUUCUCCUGCCCCGGGAACAGAACGACCCCGGAGAUUUCGGGAUCCGGGAACGCGCCCCCAGGAAUCCUCCCUCCCCUCCAGCAUCCCAAAUCCGGGCACUUCCCAAUAAAACCAGAGUGGGAAAAAGCAGGGAUUUGUCGUUUCCCGGCAGCGAGGACAACACCUGGGAGCCCGAGGAGAACCUGGACUGCCCGGAUCUGAUCGCGGAAUUCCUGCAAUCCCAGAAAACCGCCCACGAGAGCGAGAAAUCCGAGGGCAGCAAGCGCAAGGCCGAGUCGGACACGGAGGACAAAGGGGAGGAGAGCAAGCCAAAGAAAAAGAAGGAGGAGUCGGAGAAACCGCGAGGCUUCGCCCGAGGCUUCGAGCCGGAGCGAAUCAUCGGAGCCACGGAUUCCAGCGGGGAGCUGAUGUUCCUGAUGAAGUGGUGAGGCCCUGGGCAGGGCU